AUGGCGGCCACUGCAGAUGCCAGCAAAGGUCCGCUGGACAGAAUUUUCGAAUCGCUCGGUGUGUGGGGAAGAUGGCAAAGUAUCCAAAUUGGUUUGAUUCUGUCACUGCAAUCCGUGGCUGCCUACCAGCUCCUGUCCAUUGUUUUCAUCGGUUACCAACCACCAUUCAGGUGCCAACUUGGGAGUAAUACAACCUUACAAUACAAUGCAGACAACUUCACCUCAUCCUGCAAUGCUGUGAUCUCGGGCUUUAACGGGUCAUACGAGAUUAGAGAAUGUCGAAACGGUUAUGAGUUUGAAGCUCCGAAGCAAUCUUCAAUUGUAGCAGAGUGGGAGCUUGUGUGUGACGAGAAGUACCUGUCCAGUCUCACCCAGACGGUGCUCAUUGGGGGCCAGGCCUUUGGGGCGACAUUCUUGUCUGUCUUAUCGGACAAGUUUGGCCGGAAGAGGAUAUUUCUAUUGGUGCAGUGGUCAAUGUUGGUGGUUUCCACUAUUACCAUCUUUGCACCUGACAUCAUUGUCUUCACAAUUUUACGCUUCCUGACAGGCGCAUUGCAGCAGGGUCUCAUCAUGAUGGGUACGGUGCUUCCCCUGGAAAUCACCAGCAUAGAGUACCGUUCCUUCAUCGUGCUGAUCACUGGCGUGAUCUGGGGAUUGUUUAAUGGAUCGCUAGCUUUACUGGGCUACGCUUUCCAGGACCUCAGCUGGCGCUAUCUACAGAUAGUCUUCACUGGAGUGUCACUUAUACUUCUGCUGCCUAAUAUGUUUUAUCUUGACGAAUCUAUGCGAUGGCUUGUGGCUAACGGAAGGGGGCGAGAAGCACAAAGCAUUUUAAAAAAGGCCGCUAAAAUCAACAAAGUGCGUAUGAGCGCUGACGAUGAUCUAACCGUGUACUUUGACAACUGGCCAAACGCAACUUCUAUAAAUGCCGAGGACGAUACACAGACUUUAUCCGAGGAGAUGGAAACUGGAGACUCUUUGACCACAGCUGUGUCGUUCAAGAAGCCAGUUUCCAAAUACGGCUGCUGUGAUAUCCUGACCAAUCGCCACCUCAGAAAGUUUAUGUCUGCCAUGUUUUUUAUUUGGAUUGUCAGCAGCUUUGGUUAUUUCGGGUUGAGUCUGGCUUCCGACCAACUAGCCGGCGACAGAUUCGUGAACUACUUCCUGCUGGCCGUGGCAGAUACUCCAGCAGCCAUAUUUUCUUUCUUCACUAUGAAAUGGUUUGGGAGACGUCCGACUUGUUUCAUAUUUAUCGGCUUGACAGUCCUCUGCAUGGCAGGAACAGUCUGCUCAACAGAGUUUGUCAAAGGAGCUAUCGCAUCAAAAGUGAAUACAGCAAUGGUCAUCAUUGGGAAAUUCGGGAUCUCAGCCACUUUUGGGAUCUUGUUUAUCUACACGUCGGAACUUUUCCCAACUACUAUCAGGGGUUUGGGGUGUGGUCUAGCCUCGUCGGCAUCGAGAAUUGGUGGCAUGGUAUCUCCGUUUUUUACCUUAUGGAUCACUUACUACCCCCUGCUGUUACCUAUCGUGUUGGGAGUAAGCUGCUGCGUCGCCUGUGUACUUGUUGUGUUCUUACCAGAGACGAGAGACAAGGAACUCCCACAAUCGUUACAAGAUAUAGAAAAGUGGUUCUCAAAAAAAUCGCUAGCCGACAAGAUGGACAAGACAAAAGGGGGAUCAGAGUCCACCAGAGGAACUGUUGGCAGGUGGGCGCUCCUGACGCCCGCAAUCAUGGCUUACGGCCUAAGUUUAGGUAAGCAAAUUGACCAGAUCUACAGGGACCUGGGUGUGUGGGGGAAGUGGCAGAUCGGACAAGUGGCCCUCUUACUCGGACUGCAGAUCCCUGCGGCGUUUCAGUUACUGUCUAUCGUCUUCAUAGGUUACCAGCCUGUUUUCCGUUGUGUGGAGCCCAAGACAACCAAAUCUCUGACGACUGUAGCCCCUACCAAACUCCCGUAUGGAACUAAGUGCUACAUAAGCGAUAACACAACUGUCUCCGCCUGUCCCCAUGAUGUGGAGUAUAACAAACACCCAGGCCUGGACACUAUUGUUACAGAGUGGGACUUGGUAUGUGGCAGAAGUUAUGAAGUUCAACUCUCCCAGACCAUCUUGAUCAUCGGUCAGGCAAUCGGUGCCGUGCUUUUUACGUUGUUGGCUGACCGAUACGGAAGGAUCCGAGUCUGCGUACUAUGUCAGCUUGGACUGAUGGCCGUGGGUAUCGGGACAGCGUUUGCUCCAAGCAUACAGGUCUUCACUGCGCUGAGGUUCCCCCUGGGAGCUUUUCAGCAGAGUUUAGUAAUGACGUCCACGGUGUUACCAAUGGAAAUCAUCCCUAUGGAUCAGAGGACUUUGGUCCACCUUAUAUUCGGACUGAACUGGGCGGUCAGUCAGUGUAUACUAGUAGGGUUUAGUUACGCCUUCAAAGAGGAAAGUUGGCGUGACCUUCAGCUGGCCUUAUGUUCAGCCUCCUUAUUCGUGGCUGUUCUGCAUUAUGUAUUUGUGGACGAAUCUCUAAGAUGGCUAUUGGCGAACGAAAGGGUUACAGAAGUUAAAAAGAUCGUGAAACAAGCUUCAAGGCUGAAUAACAUCAAGCCCCCGGAGAAGGAGAUCGACGAUGUAGCGUCGUUGUCCGGGUCUGUUAUCACACGCAUUAGUCUUCAUUCCUCCAUUCCCAGCAUUAGUGGAGAUGCUGGAAGAUCCUAUUCAAACUUCCAGAUCUCGGAGGGGACAUCACAAACCGAUGUAGCUCAGUUAAAGUACAGCAUUCUGGACGUACUCCGGAAUAGCCAACUUCGCUGUACGACGCUGGUUCUCGGAUUUGCGUGGAUUGUAAACGCACUAGUUUAUUUCGGCCUCAGUCUGACGUCCGCACAGUUGGGUGGUGACAGAUUUCUGAAUUUCUUUUUGAUGGUGUUAGUCGAAUUUCCUGCAGCCAUCAUUACGUAUUUCACUAUGAAACGACCAGGGAGGCGGAUGACCUGUAUAAUAUUCCACGCCAUGGCCGGUCUUGCCAUGAUCAUCACAGCGUCUCUAAACGCCACACAAGACAAAUCUUUGUCAUCAUACGUGAAAGCUUUUUCCAUCAUCGGCAAGUUUGCUAUUUCCAGCUCGUGGGUCUGUCUGUUUAACUAUACCACAGAAUUGUACCCCACAAAUGCAAGGAGUAUCGGCCUCGGCCUGGCCUCGUCCGCUUCCAGGAUCGGGGGUAUGGUAGCACCGUUUACAAAUCUUGUGUCGGACGAACUUCGCUGGUUGCCAGGCUCGAUUUUUGGCGUGAGCAGUCUUAUUGUGUGUGGCCUGAUGACCUUCGUACCGGAAACACGUGACAAGGAGCUCCCUCAGAAAAUGGAAGACAUCGAUUACUGGGAUGACGAUACCACAUGUUGCUGUAUACAACCUACGUCAUCUUCAUGCUAACCCUCCCUAGCAUACCUAUUGAACUCGUGUCAUACUUUAUCAGGUCACUAAUGCAAUUAUUAUCCAUUGCUAACAUCGUCAUUUAUACAUCACUUUAUUAUUUAUUUCCAUCGCCCACCUUUUAAGAGAUCUUUUUACGAUAUGAAUAUAACAAUAUGUAAUUUAACAAU